AUGGAUACUAAGAAUUAAAAGCCAACAGAAAGCUACAUAUAUCCUCCUGCUCCCUUUACUGAGAGAGGCAAGCAUACUUGUUUAGAUAUUCAUGUUAAUACAAAUAGGAUCUUAUACACUUCAGCAAAUAUUGUAGUUAUUAGAGACUUAAAUGAUUUUUCUAAAGUACAUGCUGUUUUUUCAGAGCACAAACACAAUACAACAGCAGCUAAAUUCUCUCCAAAUGGAAAUUAUGUUUGUUCAGGAGAUGAAAAGGGUUUUGUAAUUGUUUGGAAUGCAGUUGGUAAUAACUAGAAUAUUAAGAAAUAAUGGGAUUUCCCUUAAUUGAAUGGUGCAAUUAGAGAUAUAGACUGGACUUUUGACAAUGAAAGAAUAGCAAUUGCAGGAGAAGGUUAGAAAGUUAUGGCUAAGGUAUUCUCAGCCGAUACUGGUUCACAAUUAGGUGAAAUUAGUGGCCAAUCAAAGAACUUAUUAACUUGCUCUUUUAAACCUUCUCGUCCAUUCCGUUUAGCUACAGCAGGAGAAGAAUAUGCUGUUUAAUUUUAUGAAGGACCACCUUUUAAAUUUAAAAGAGCUCACAAACCUCAUACAUCAUUUAUUAACUGUUUAAGAUUUUGCCCUAAAUCUGAAAAAUUUGUUACUGUAUCCUCUGAUAAAAAAGUCUUCUUAUAUGAUGCAGUAAAUGGUGAGUUAAUUAAGGAGAUAUUUGCCAACGGACACACAGGAGGUGUCAUUUAUUGCGAUUGGCUUGAAGAUGGUAACACUUUAGUAACAGCUUCUUCAGAUAAACUUGUGAGAAUUUGGAGCUUAUAAGAUGAAAAACUUUUAAAAACACUUAGAGUAUCAGAAAAUCCUUAGGUUGAGCAUUAACAAGUGUCUGUAAAAGUAAGCAAAUAAGAUGUUUACUCAAUUACAUUGAACGGACAUAUAAAUGUUUGGAAAAAUGCACAUUAAUUAGAAGAUAAUUCUCUACCUACAACAAUAUUAGUUGGUCAUUAAAAUUCAAUAAAUCACAUUUCUUAACUUAAAACUGGACAACUCAUUUCUUCAGAUAUUAAUGGAAGAAUUAUUAUUUGGGAUAAUAAUCACAUCCCAAGAUUACCUGAUGGAAAAUAGCAUGAAGCAGGAAUAGUUAAAUUUAAAAUUAGUAAGGAUUCCACAAAAGUAUUUUCUAUUUGCAAUGCUUAAAAAUUAAAUAUUCUUGACUUGACAUCAUUUGCAUUUGGAGAAUAAGUUGCUGUUUAAGGAAAGACAAUUGAUUUAGUGUCAAGCAAAGUAGAUGAUAACACUGUCUAUCUUUUACAAGAAAAUUUGAUUAAGAUUUACAAAAAUAAAGAACAAACUGGUGAAAUCAAAUUUUAGCACUCCAGUACUGUUUUUGACAUUUCAGAGAACGAUUCUAUGUUUGCAAUUGGAAACGAUAAAGGAUAAAUCUUAUUGAUAAAUCUUUAAGGAGAAAAAAUUGGCAUAUUAGAAAAUUACCCUUAAAAAAUAACUGCUAUUUCUUUUUCACAUGAUGGAAAAUUGCUUUUAUGUGGUGAUUCAGGAUUUAGAGUCAAUGUCUGGGAUGUUGAAAAGAAAGAAUCGUUAACUUAAAAACUUGCAUAUAGCUCAUAAAUGAUUACAAGUGUUAAAUUUAGUUCAAAUGGUUAAUAUAUUUUGACAAGCUCUCUUGACAAUAAGGCAAUUAUUUAUGAAUCAGCUACUUUCAACAAAGUCGAAUCUUUCGACUUCGUUCAUAAAAGGGGAAUGAAUAAUGCCAUAUUCGGAUAAGAUGGACAAAGUAUUAUUACAUGUGGUUCAGAUAAUUUAAUUAAGGUCUUUAAUACUAAAAGCCAGUUUAAUGUUUGA